CUGAUCUCUUCCUGAGAUCGCUUGGCAGUUCCCAGAUGUGCCAGGGCCUCUCCUGUGCAGUGGUGUCACUCUUGACCUGUGCAGGGCUUUUCCCUAAACCCGCAGCUAAUGGUUCAAGGACAGAGACAUGACUUACAGGGACUUGUGUCUCCUGGUUUCCAGCAGUAAAUAUUUAUUAAAUGAAACUUGGUUCAGGCUGCCUAUCAAGGCGAGGAGGAAGUGACGCCUCCUGGCAGGUUUUGUCCUCCAGGCAGGGUACCUGUUCCUGCAUAAUUGAGAGGAAACUCCGGGGGCUGGACUCGUGGCACAGCCAUUAAGUUCUGCUUCUCAGUGGCCCACAGUUUGCCGGUUCGGAUCCCGGAUGUGCCAUGCUGUGGUAGGCGUCACACGUGUAAAGUAGAGGAAGAUGGGCACAAUGUUAGCUCAGGGCCAGUCUUCCUCAGAAAAAUGAGGAGGAUUGGCAGUAGUUAGCUCAGGGCUAACCUUCCUCAAAAACCAAAAAAGAAAGGACACUCCGCUAGAGUGAAGGCUGUCUCACCCUUUCACAGAGAUCAGGUGACAGUUUUGGGCUGUGAGUGUCAGAGCAAGGGCAUCACAGCUUAAGAAAGACGUGAGAAAUUAGGAGACCCCUCAGAGGACAGCUGUCAUGAAGAUAAGGAGUUUGGAAAAGAAGAUGUAGGAGGAGGGGAGGGAAGUACUGGGAUUAUUUAAACCUGACAGGAGGAGCCUGAAGAAAGUGUGACAGGUGGUUGAUUUUGGAACAUACGUGGGGUGAUCAUAUAGAGCAGAGCUUCUCAGCCUUUUUCGUGGCAGGUGCUCUUAGGAAGAGAUCAUAUUUAAAGGGCCCACAAGGGCACUUGGAUGAGGCUGCACAAGAUGAGAUUCUGCCCUGGGCUUUGACACUCCUGGGUCCCACCUGCCACCCGAGGGCUGAGGGGAUCAACAGCUUAGCACAAUACAACCUAUCCCAGCCUUUGGGGAGUAUAUGGACUGAAUGUUUGUGUCCCCCCAGUUCACAUGUUGGAACCUAAUCCCAAUGUGAUGGCAUUAGGAGAUGGGGCCUUUGGGAGGUGGUUCGGUGAUGAGGGUGGAGCCCUCAUGAAGUGGAUUAGUGUCCUCAUACAAGAGACCUCACAGAGCUCCCUCACCCUCUUUUUCCACCACGUGAGGUUGCAGGGAGAAGGCAACUGUCUGUGAUCCAGGAAGUGAGCCUGGCCAGACACUGAAUCUGCUGGUGUCUUGAUCUUGGACUUCCAAGCCUCCAGAACUGUGAGAAAUCAAUGUUUGGGGUUUAAGCCUCCCAGUCUGUGGUGUUUUGUCACAGCAGCCUGCACUGACUAAGGGAUGUGUACACCUGUAGAGGGCAGGGACUGUCUGUAUUUUAGGUAGAGUAAGAAAAAGUGGGCUCAAAAUAAAAAAGGAAAGAUUGAAGUAAAAAGAGAAAACGUUUUAUUCCGGGAUUUGGAAAUACUGGACUGGUUUAUCAAAGGAUGUGUGUGUGUGUGUGUGUGUAUGUGUGAGUGUGUGUGUAUGUGUAGCAUGUGCUGAAAGUCUUUUUCCAGUUUAAGCUUCACUAACUUCAGAAAAAUAAGUGCUAAAGACCUACCCCAAGAUCAUUGGAAGGUUAUUUACAUUUAUCUUAUAAAUUUAUUGUUAGUUUUCUGAAUGUUGAAUAAUGACUUAUUCAUUUUAAUUAUUUGACUUAGCCUCUUGAAGAUGGUAAAGUCUAACUGAAACAAAAACCUAAAAUUUACUGUUUGCUAUUCACAAAACUAAGUGUAGAAGAACACUAAGUUCCAAAUCUGGGUUUGUGUAAGGCAAAAAUAUUCUAUAGGGAAGAUGGAUUUGAGGCCAUAUGUGAUCCUGUGUGUAAACGUCUGGGUACAAGCCUAAGUUCCAGGCAGCCUUUCACUUUCAAGGCAGGAGAAUUGGUGAGACCCACGUCUAGUUCUCCAAACAGUAAAGGGGGACCCAGGUAAUAUCUGGGUUACAAAUAAGAAAAGCAGAAAAUUUCAAUAAGGCAAACAUAUGAUAUGAUGAAAAGGUGGAGUUGGGAAAAUAGGAUGACAGGCAGUGCAGAGGGACCUAGAAGGCCCAGGAGGGGUGGACAGAUGUGCUGGGCUGGUGGGUGGGGGAGGGGCUGUGGGCACACCUCUUCAUGUCCCCUCCCCCACCCUCAGAAACCCUUUGUGACUCUUCUGUGCUCUGUGAUGCAGGCCUGGGACUAUAGGCAAGCACGGGCACUCUCAGAGCUCAGUUGCUUCAGGCAGCCUCGAGAUUCAGACAAUGGAGUUCAGCCAUUGGAAUGUUCUCUCAUUUCUGAAUAGCCCUAUUGAGUUGUGUCUGAGCGUCUGCUCAGCAUUCUUAGAUACUGACCCUAACCUCACCUUCCUGUGUGGGUUGUGGUUGCUCCUUCUGUUCCUGUGCUACCUGGUGUGGAUUCCAUCUUUACCAACCUUCUGGAAAACCAAAGAUUUCCAAAAGCGUCAGGGCACAGCCAAGAGGAGAAGGAAAGGUGGAACAUUGGGAGGUUGGAGACAUUACGAGAGAGAAAGAGAGGAGAAAAGGAAGCUGCUUUCUAUUCUGAAAAGCCCCUCAGGCCAGCAUCAUGAUACCAUCCGCUUUCGUCAACUGCUCUGUCAAGAUCCCUCCUGUGAGGUGUGUAAUAGCACAACUGUGGAGGUCAAUCAGCUGCUGUUCCUGGAGGACCUGGAAGAUGAUACCCUCUCUGUGUCCUCUUUGGCUUCCACAGCUUCUGUGACUGAGUCAUCAUUCACUCUGUCCUCUGCCUUCUGAGCAGUCCCUUCAGGAGACCUAAUACUAGCCUCUCAGCCUGAGCCUUCCCCAUCACUCCCCUCCAUUGUCUCACCUAACCCAAUGACACCCUUAGCUGACUUUCUUUCACCAUCACCAAUGGGUCACUCUCUGCCACCAGAACCUUUUCCUCCCAUGGAUUCAAAAUUUCCAGGGGACCAUUUCCCACACCAACCCCUAGCCUUUCCCCCUCUCCCACCACAUGACACUCAGACAGUGGAUCCUGUUCUCCAACCAGAGGCCACUUUGUCCAUGCAUACCAUCUUCUCUCUUGAUCCUCCUCUUUCCCCAGAUGUCAACCUCUUAUCAAAUUUGUCCCAGACAAUGAAUCCCACUGAUGUAUCAGCUUGUCAUGAUGCAUCAUCAAGCCUGUCUGUUUCACCACCACCAGACCACCCUUUAACCAUGACUCAUUCUAAAUCAAUUUCUAUCUUACUGAAGCCUGUUCUGGAGAACUCAUCUCCAGAUAGCCCUGGUGGGUUGUCCACUUGUGUCCCAACAAUAAGAGGUACUGACUGUUCAAGUCUGUCUGCUUCAGAGUUCUCCUCACGGCAAACUCAUGCCAAAGACUUGUUCCCUUCCACCUUGGCACUAGAUGAUCUCAAUGAAGAGUAUUUUUCCCUCCAUUCUUCAGAGGCCUCUUCUCAGGGAAACCCUGCAGCCAACCUUGUAGAGCCUGGAAACCUCUUGUUUUGCAGCCCCAAAGUGCUGGCACUCCUGGAGGG